AUGAUCACCACUGGAAAAAAUGAAGAGAUAGGCCGGGUUCCUAACAUUGAAGAGGUAAAACAUGUGGUUUUCAAUCUAAAUGGAGACAGCACAAGCAGACCUGAUGAUUUUUUGGGCAUAUUCUUUCAAAGCUGUUGGGAUAUCAUUAGGGAAGACAUAAUAAGAAUGGUUAAAGCCUUUUUCUGUGGGCAAGAACUCCCAAGGUUCGUCACACACACCAAUUUGAUUCUUCUACCAAAGAGAGAAAAUGUGAAAAGCUUAACAGAUUUAAGACCAGUGAGCCUAUGUACGUUUGUUAGCAAGAUCAUUUCUAGAGUGUUACAUGAAAGAAUUGCUACAGUACUUCCAUGCAUUAUAUCGAAGAAUCAAUCGGGAUUUGUAAAGGGAAGAAGCAUUACAGAGAAUGUUCUUCUAGCACAAGAGAUUAUUAGAGACAUUAAUCUAAGAAAGAAGUUCCAUAAUGUGGUGGUUAAGCUUGAUAUGGCAAAGGGGUAUGAUAGAGUAUCUUGGGUGUUCCUCACUAAGGUAUUAAGGAGGUUUGGAUUUUCAGAAAUUAUCAUAGAUAUGGUCUGGCGUUUACUCACCAAUAAUUGGUACUCUGUGAUGGUGAAUGGAAAGGCCUUUGGUUUCUUCCAAUCCUCAAGAGGACUAAAACAGGGUGAUCCUUUAUCUCUAACUCUAUUUAUAAUAUCAGCUGAGGUAUUGGCAAGGGGACUAAAUAAACUGCAUGAAGAGGCAAAUUUUAAGGGAUACAGAAUUCCUAAAUGGAGUCCUCCUAUAAACCACUUAUCAUAUGCUGAUGACACAAUCCUUUUUUGCUUAGGGGACAAAAAGUCAAUUGGGAAAAUGGUGGAUGUACUUAAGAAGUAUGAGAUGGUUUCGGGGCAAGUGAUCAAUCUAAACAAGAGCAUUUUCUACCUACAUGACAAGACACCUCUAAUUGUAGGGGUAAGACUAAGGAGCAUGACAGAAAUAAGACAUGGAAACUUUCCUUUCACCUACCUAGGUUGCCCAGUGUACUAUGGCAGAAAGAAGAAAGCCUAUUUUGAAGAACUGGUGAAAAAAAGCUUUUUUGGGAGCAAAACAGGUGGAGGAAAAGGAAAACAUUGGUUAGCAUGGGAGGAUAUGUGCUACCCUAAGGAGGAAGGGGGAAUUGGAUUUCGAUCAUUGCAUGAAAUCACCAAAGCUCUAUUUGGAAAACUGUGGUGGACAUUUAGAACAUCCACAUCAUUAUGGAGUAAUUUCAUGUGGAAUAAAUAUUGCAAAAAACAUCAUCCUCUUAUUGCCAAAGGUACUGGUGCGUCUCAUGUAUGGAGGAAAAUGUUGGAAGUUACAGAAGAGGUGGACCAUUAUAUAUGGUGGCAAAUCAAAAUAGGAGAAACAAGUUUUUGGUUUGAUAAUUGGACAAAACAGGGAGCAUUAUACUACAUUGAGGACCAGAAUGUGGAGGAAGAAGAAGUAGAGGAGACAAUGAUUCACCUAUUUCUAAUAGCUCCCAUAGCUACUAAGUUGUGGAAGCAGUUUACUACUCGUGCAGGUAUCAGAACUGAUGGAGGACUACAACAAAUAAUCACAUGGUGGUGGAAAGCAACAAAUAAGCCUAAACUGAAAACAAUCUUUCAAGCAAUACCAGCAAUAUUAAUGUGGGAAUUGUGGAAAAGAAGGAAUGCAAGAAGAAAUGGGAAAGAGGUGACAUAUGGGGAGCUUUAUCAGAAGUGCCAAAAUAACGUUUUUCAACGAACAAAGACAUUGUUGCCAUGGAUUAAUGUUCGAAAAAAGUUGGGAAGGAUUAGUUGA